AUGGAGGACGUACAGAACUUUCUCCAACCCCUUGUGAAAUUUGUCUCCACCAGAUGGAAGGUUUGGACCAAAACACACAGCCUCAGUUCUGAAUUACCACCAACCCAUGAGCCUCUCUUUGGCAACAACAAGGCACACGAUGAAACAGAACUAAGCAGAGAAGAAGUAGAUAUGGUGAUAGGCCGGCUAGGAAUGUGUUAUGAACAUGAGGCAGAGGGAGACAAUAUUGGAAAGAGGGUUGGCGCAGAGGAGCUUUGGAGACUGUUCGAUGAGGAGGAGCCCAGCCUGGAGGAGGUGAAGGAAGCCUUUGAUGUGUUUGAUGAGAACAGAGAUGGGUUUAUAGAUGCAGCAGAGGUACAAAGAGUUUUAAGCAAUUUCGGUUUCAAGGAUGCAUUCGGAUUGGACGAAUGCCAGAGGAUGAUUAAUGCAGCAGAUAUGAACCAAGAUGGAGUGAUUGAUUUUGAUGAGUUUGUGAAACAUAUGGAGAACAGCUUUUGUUGA